GUUAAGAAAUAGAGAUCUGGGAGAGGGCCCCCGUCUCCUUCCGCCUCUGCUGUGGUCGACGUUGCCGUGGCUUGAGGCCUCGAAGGUCUCCGUAAAUCUCUCUCCUCCUUUGUUUUCCAGCCAACCACAGGCUGGACGAAGGCAAACCCUUCCGCGCGGCCCUCAGUUGUAGGACACUUAGUCUUGGAUGGGUUGGGCAUGGAGUUCGAGUGAUAAAGUUAUUAGUUAGAGAGCUUAUGUUUCUUCCUGAUACCAAAUAAACAUUUGAAUUUUGUAAUUGAGUAAACUUUUCUAAUGAUGGAUCUAUUUGGGCUAGAGCUCAAGGCUUGGAAGACUCUUCGCUAGCGAGGGCAUUGCUCUAUGGUUUAUGCUGCCUUGUCAUGUGAUCAAUCUGGGUGUUGCAUUUGAGAAAAAGGUUGAGAAUGGCAAAGUCCACCUCUAGUGAUGCUCAUAUGCUCAUUCGUUCUUUGCGUACUGCUUAUGCUGCCACGCCAACUAAUCUCAAAAUCAUUGAUCUUUACGUGGUUUAUGCUAUUGUUACAGCUGUAAUUCAGGUUGUCUACAUGGGAAUAGUUGGAUCAUUUCCAUUUAACUCUUUCCUCUCUGGAGUUAUCUCCUGUGUAGGUACAGCGGGUACUUGCAGUCUGUCUCCGCAUUCAAGUCAACAAAGAGAAUAAGGAGUUUAAGGAUCUACCACCAGAACGAGCUUAUGCUGAUUUUGUUCUCUGCAAUCUGGUGCUCCAUCUGGUCAUAAUGAACUUCCUUGGGUAGGAGAAAUUGUGCCUUGGUGCACCGAGGCAUAGAAUUAUGUUUCUGGAGCUUUCUAUCGGACUUUAAAGUGAUAUCACAACUUACAGUUGCGCCAUGUAUAAACCGAAUGAUCUGGUUUGCACCUUUUGUUUCGUGAAUUGAUCAUCGCCACCUUCGAGAGGCUGUUCUUUUGGGAGAUGUUCUUGCAACAAAGUGGCGUCAUGUGAUAGCUUAUUUGUUCUGGUUUCA